AUGUCCACCAAUUGGCAUUCCCUCGUCGCUAGAGCGCUCGAUAUACCUUUGGAAGGCGAUGACUCCCGAGUUGGUUCUACUCGUGAUGGGUCUAGCGGUGGUACCUUGAGUAGCAACAACGCCUCCAAGUCUUCGUCGCUUCAAUCGCUUGGUGGAACAUUUAUACCUGUCAGCAUUUAUUGUGUCGUCUGUAUUCUGUUCUUCGCCCUUGCUCGAGUAAAAUGUGCCCGUGUCUAUGCGCCGCGGGCUAUACCGAGCUUGCGAUCACCUCACACGCCUAUUCCGCCGCUGCCAAACGGCUGGUUCAACUGGGUGAAGCCGUUCUUCAAGACUCCCGAUACCUUCGUACUCAACCAUGGCUCCCUCGAUGGCUUCUUCUUUCUGCGAUACCUCAAGGUCUUGCGAAACACAUUUCUUGUGGGCAUGUUAAUCGCUUGGCCUAUCCUCUUCCCAAUCCAUAUCACUGGUGGCAAUAAACUCAGCCAAUUGGAUAUCUUGACGAUCGGUAAGAUCAGCGACAAGACUCGCAUGUUUGCGCAUGUCGCUGUCGCAUACAUGUUCUUUGGCUUUGUUCUCUUUACCAUCACUCGAGAGUGUUUCUACUACAUUGGUAUUCGACAAGCUUAUCUUUCUUCGCCUCACUAUGCCAAGCGAUUGUCAUCCAGGACGCUACUUAUCACAUCGAUUCCCGACCGUUACCUUGACGAAGCCCGACUACGAAAGCUUUAUGGCGAUUCCGUCAAACGAGUAUGGAUCCCGCGAACCGCCAAGGCCCUUGUCAAACUUGUGGAAGAAAGGGAGGAGACAGCAAUGCGACUGGAAAAGGCCGAAAUCUUGCUGAUCAAGAAAGCAUAUCUGGCUCGUAAGAAGCAACUUGGAAAGAAUCCGCCAUCAACAUCGUCCUCGGCCGAACCUUGUGCUGCAGAGUCGAGUUCGUCCUACAGGACUGAUCCAAGUAGCGAACAGAACCGGCCGAAUUCCCCGCGCGAGGUCGACAUAUCACAAAACCACGAACAGGAACAGGGCGAAACGCAGGACCAGAACAACAAGAACCAGUAUCCGCAAGUGUCCCAAACGGCAACCCAAGACACUCACGACUUCUUGGAGAAGUCAGCCGAAGAUCCCGAAUACGUCCAUCCAUACGGACUCGAUCCAGAUCUCCCUGAUGUUCGAGGCUCCGUAGCCGCUCAAUGGGUCCCUGCGAACGCCAGACCUUAUCACCGGCCACUUCACAACUUCUUCCGACGCGUCGACACAAUCCGUUGGUGUCGCAUGCGACUCAAGGACCUGAAUCUCGAGAUCUGGAAACUUCGACGCCAGGUUCGUCGCGGCGAUGGCGAUACCUUACCUGCCGCCUUCAUCGAGUUCGAAACACAAGAGGCUGCUCAGGCUGCGCACCAGAUUGUAGCCCAUCAUCGACCCCUCCAACUCGCUCCUCGGCUUUUAGGCGUGCGACCAGACGAGGUCGUUUGGAGUGCACUCCGAAUGCGCUGGUGGGAGCGCAUCAUCCGCCGCUUUCUCAUCAUGGGUCUUGUCGCGGUUGCUAUUGUGUUUUGGUCUAUUCCAUCUGCCAUGAUUGGUAUUGUGUCGAAUAUCGACUUUUUAAGCGGCAUUAUCUUCCUGCGGUGGAUUAAGCUAUUGCCUAAGCCCAUUCUUGGCUUUCUUCAGGGUUUUAUUCCUGCCAUUGCUUUGUCCUUCUGGAUGUCGCUUGUCCCUGCGAUGCUGAGGUUUUGCGGUGUUGCAGCUGGAAUCCCGUCUCUGGUGCUAGUCGAACUCUUUACACAGAAGGUCUACUUUGCUUUCCAAGUAGUCCAAGUUUUCUUGAUCACGACAUUGACCUCGGCCGCUUCUGCUGCCAUUCUCAACAUCAUUAAGAAGCCUAUGUCGGCCCCCGACCUCCUGGCGACAAACCUACCAAAAGCCUCAAAUUUCUAUCUCUCAUAUAUCCUUGUUCAGUGCCUGGCCAUUGGCGCCACUGGCCUCUUGCACAUAUUUGAGCUGUUCCGACACUACAUUAUGGGUAGAGGUGUACAGAAUCCUAGGACGCGCUUCAAGAUUUGGUACACCCUUCGUCCGCCUCGCUGGGGCGGCAUCUUCCCGAUCUAUACGAAUAUGGCGUGCAUUGCGUUCUGCUACACAUGUAUCGCACCUCUGAUCCUCCUCUUCGCAUGUGCCGGCAUGGCCUUUACGCGCCUCAUUUAUCGUUACAAUAUUCUUUACGUAUUCGACUCGGAAAUGGAUAGCAUGGGGUUGUUCUAUCCCACCGCCCUCCUUCAGCUCAUCACUGGGCUUUACUUAGCCCAAAUUUGCAUGAUUGGUCUUUUUGCCUUGAAAUUGGCAUUCCCGCCCAUGAUACUGAUGCUCAUCUUCCUCAUAUUCACGGGGAUAGUACAUAUGUCUCUCAGUGACUCAAUAACGCCUCUGCUUUCAAAUCUGCCUCAAACAUUGACGUUAGAGGAAGAACUUCAAGAGCAGGAAAAGGCCGAAGCAGAGCAAAGGUUACAGGCUGAGGCAGAAUCUGGAGAAACGGAAGGGGGAAACGCGGCCAGUUACUUCAACACAGAUCUGAACUUUGGAGAAGAAGAGGUUGAGGAGCCUCCCAGCGACGACGAAGAUGGCCAACAUGGGGGGCCGCAAGGCUCAAGGGGCGUCGACGGUGCUGGCGGAAUGAAGUUCAUGGUAACGGAAUGGAUGAAGACGACAGCGAAGACACAGAUCAAGAAGGAAGUGCAGCAAUCGCCUAUCAAGCAAUUCUUGGAUCGCUGGAUCCUUGCUGGCAAUCCCUCAAAUCCGGAUCAGCCACCGACCUUUCUGCAACGGUUCCUCCACCCCGAAGUAUACGAAGAUUUCAUCGCCCUACGAAAGCUCAUUCCGUUCGAAGAGCUCCCCGACGCCGACUACGCUGGCGAUGAGAAGCUGUCCAACUACUGGCCACCAGAAUUGUGGAUGCCCAAACCUGUCCUGUGGAUUCCUCGAGAUGAGGCGCGUGUUAGUAGACAGGAAGUUGCGCACACGAGGAAGAUCACUCCCAUUACGGAUGUCGGAGUGACAAUGAAUGAGAAGGGCUUGCUUAUUGUGGAUGUCGAAGCGGCGCCUUUUCCAAGGUUGAGGCUGGUGCAUUGA